AUGUGCAAGGAGAAGCUGGCAUCAUGCAUGGUCCUGGAGUACGAGGUCAGCAAAGGGCGCAUUGCUGCUGAUGACAUCGUGAUUUUCGCAGACGGACACGAUGUCUUACUUCAGCAGCCUUUGGCAAGCAUCAUGGCGGCCUAUAGCCGAUGGCCUGACUCGCCGUACCUCAUCUCUGGAGAGAGGAACUGUUGGCCAUGGCCACACACAGAUCCCUCGCAUGGAGCCUGGGAUUUGGCAGACUGGACCAGCCACGGGAACGUUUCGUGGACCAUCAACCGGUGGAUGAAGCUCACACCAUACGAUUUCUGUCGCAUGAUCCGAGCUGAUGGCCCCUAUCCGUUUCCAAACAUCGGCCUGUCCAUGGGCCCGGCUUCGAAAGUGAUCGAAGUUCUGAGGAGGAACAACAAGAUUGUUCUGGAGGAGGAUGUGAACGAUCAAGGAGCCAUGUGGCUGGUCAUCCUGCGGCAUGCGCUGGAGCUGAACAUCCAGAUUGACCAGCAUGCCGAGGUUUUCAUGAACAUGCUGCAAUACGCGCCGGGCGAACUUGAGAGGGAGCCGUGUGGCCGUGACUGGUUUCAAGGUUCUGGAGCCAGGCCACCCAGAAACAUGGUCACGAAUACCACGCCUGGGCUGCUCCACUUCAACGGCCCCUCUCACGAGGACGGCGUGUGGCCGACGUGCUACCACACGAUCAAUGAGCAGUUCCGAAAGCUCGGAGUUGGCCACAGGUUCUUCGAUGUGGAUCACAACAUGAUGGUGGCCACAGACCACAUCUGCGAUUACAGCUACUACAACAUCCACAACUUUCACGCCCAUCCUUUGAGCAGCAAUGCUCUGCACUUCCUUGAGGAUUUCUACCGCCGGCCCGUGGAUCCAGGCUUGCUAGCAUGGCGUGGUGAAGACUCUGCAGUGGAUGCUGUGCGAUUUGGCCAGGAGGCUGAACUUCAUGCCAGCUCCCCUCUUCUUCACAAGGCGAUAAACAGCGCUCAAUAG